UAAUCGGCAGAAGGCCUCCAACGAAAUCAACCAAAGUACGAAACAUAACUCCAGAUUCCAGAAGGCUGCUGAAGGAUCGAAACCAGAAGGCUUAGGCAGAUUUCAUUCUUGACCUCUUUUUCUGUGCUUCUUCAUCUAAUCUUCAGAUCUUCUCUCAUCGUCGAGGUUUACAACACAAACAACAAUGGUGGAAUACGAACUCCAAGGCAAGUGCUACAGAAGACAACUGUUUCUACAUCCCAAGGUUGUCAACGGCCAGAAGGUAUCGAUCUCUGUUGAUUCUCUGCCAUGUUUUAAGGAUCUAGUGAUCGUUGUGGCAUCUUGCCACAAUUUGGUGUUAUGCUCAGAGAGCUAUGAUGACGAGUAUGAUGAUGGUGUCUAUUACUUAUGCAACCCUUAUACGAAGCAAUGGAUCCAGCUGCCCCCUGCCCCAUCCAAGGGCCAAGCUGUACUCGGGAUGAUAUGCGACCAUCCUAUUGUUUGUAAUAAUGAUGAUGAUGUGCCUAAGGGGUUAGGUGGGGUAGGGCUUAAACCGCGGCAUUUUGGUUCUGAAGCUUUAUUUAGGGACCAACUAGCCCACCACAGAUUCCGGGUGGUCCGCGUUCCUCUGCCGGUCUUUGCCAAUGAUGAUGGGGAGGGUGGGUUUCAGGUGGAGAUGUUAUCAUGUGGUGGUGGUGGUGAUUCUGGGGGAUGGGAGUGGCGGACUCUGCCAGUGGUGUUGCCGCCGCUGCGGAGGCGGCCAUUCAUUUGGAAGGAACACAGGAUUUGGGUCCGCAGGCAUGGUGUUGCCUGCAACGGUCUGCUACAUUGGUUGCUUGGUAGCAGUGCGCAACUCCUAGUCUAUGAUCCAUACACAAAUGUGGUGAAAGCCACAGUAGAGACGCCACUGGAAGCGGCGCCAAUCUUUCCUCUGAAGCUCCUGGGGCCAUCAUGUGGGUCUCUAUAUGGGCAACCCAAUACGUGCCGCAUUUCCACCCUUCAUACGACUGGUUCAUUUGGCAACUCAGUCCGGAUUAUGAUGGCUGGAUCCUGACGCGCCGUUUCAAAGUGGUUUUUGUAAGAGGCUUCUUCCAGAUGAGAUUGAGAUCGAUGGCGUUGUUGGAUUUGUUGGCCAUCCACCCCAACAAUCCCAACACGCUCUACGUUCUGUGGAGUAAGCAUACGCCCGGCCAAGGCUUUGAGAAUGCAGUUGGGCGCCUGGAUUUAGCCGCUAUGGAGUCGAAGCUGCUGGUUGGAAGAAGCAAUAAGACUAGCUCUAUUUACUCGUGGCGCCAAACUUGUGUGCUCCCACCCCCGCCUUCUUAAUUCUCUUUCUACCUACCAAAUGACCUA